AUGAUUAUCACAAAUAAUCCAAAACUAAUUUAUGGUCUUGUUUCCGUGUCAUGCAUGUUUACAUCUACUAUAACAACACCGUUUGUUGGAAGAUAUGUUGAUAGGCGUCGAAACAUCAAUACUUGUUUUUUAAUAUGCAAUAUGUAUAUGCUUAUUGGGAAUGUGAUCUACAGUCUUCCUUUUUCACCCUUAUUUUUAAUUGGAGGAAGAGUUAUAUCUGGCUUUGGCGGAGCAUUAAAAUCUAUUAUUUACAGCGAAACGAUUCGCAGUUACCAAGCAAAUGAAAUAAAUUCAAAGCUAUCAGUCUUAUCAGUGAUGGUAUACUUUGGAUUCAUGCUAGGCCCGGGCAUAAACUUCUUUUUUAAGAAUAUAUACUUUUUUAUAGGUGAUUGGCAUUUACAAUACGUAAAUUUUCCUGGGAUUUUUUUGAGUAUUUUAUGUUUUAUUAUGGAGAUUCUUACUAUGACAAUGGUGUAUGAUAUUUCUAAAGAGCUUGAUUACAAAUCCCUAGAUAAAAACAGUUCUUCAAUUAAUAAAAUAAAUGAAUUAAAUAUUGAUGAUAUACUUAAAACAGCAGUACUUCAACCAAUAAAUUCAAACCAACAUAGCGUAAUAAAGAUUUUAAAAGUAUUGUUUUUUAGCUUUGAUUCAGCACUGGUUUUGUUUUCAAACUUUUUUAUAGCUUUUUUUUUCAUUAACACAGAUAUUUGGCUACCGCUAUUAAUUAUUGAGAAAAUGAGCCUUUCGGUGACGGAAAUAAAUAUCUGUUACUUUGGAGUAAGUGGAGUCUGCGCAAUCUUGUUGAUAGGAAUAAUAUUUAGACCGUUUUCUGAUGAAAAGAUGAUGGUAGUAACAGUUUUAAGCUUAGUAGGUUUUUGCAUCGUUAGCGCUGGUUUCAUUAUUCUUUCAUAUAUUCCCGACAACAAAGCUUUGAACAUUUUAAUGAGUAUUGUUUAUAUGACAAGUUAUGCAGGUGCGCCUAUAAUUACAGAUGUUUAUUUUGUAAGUACGCUCGCUAAAAUGGUAAAUUCAAAUGUUCUGACAUUUGUAGACAGUGUUCGAUCUUCAAGUUUCACUGCUGGAGCAUUGAUGGCUUUUUCUUUCUCCGCGUUCAUUUUUGAUUAUGUUACAAUGUUUGGAGCAUUGUAUAUUGUCAUUUCGGUAGUUAUUGCAAUUCUGUUUAUUUGCAGAAAAAAGCAUUUUAUCAAUCCAAAACUAAUAAUAUAA